AUGGGAGGUCAGAUGUGGCGGUGCAAAGAGGUUGGGAAAGGCGGCGCAGUGAGGUCUGGAGGGGCGGUACUGAGAGGUUGGGUGCUGCGGUGCAGGGAGGUCUGUAAUCGCGGUGCAGGGAGUCGGGUGUGGCAGUGCAGGGAGGUCGGGAGAGGUGGUGCAGGGAGGUCAGGUGUGGCGGUAAAGGGAGGUCUGGAGUGGCGGUACCGAGAGUUCGGAUAUGGCGGUGCAGGGAGGUUGGAAGAGGCGGUGCAGAAAGGUCGGGAGAGUCGGUGCAGGGAGAUAGAGAGGUGCUGUAGGGAGGUCGAAAGAGGAGGUAAUGGGAGGUCGGAUGUGGCAGUGCAAGGAGGUCGGGAAAGCGGUGCAGAGAGAUCGGGAGAGGCAUUACAGGAAGGUCGGGAGAGGCGGAACCGAGAGAUCGGGUGUGGUGGUGCAGGGAGGUUGGGAGAGACAGUGCAGGGAGGUCGGAAGGCGCGGGGCAGGGAUGUUGGGAGAGGUGGUGCAAAGAGGUCAGGUGUGCAGGUGCAGGGAGGUCUAGAGAGAUGGUACCGAGAGAUCGGGAGAGGCGGUAAAGGGAGGUCGGGGAAGCGGUACCGAAAGGUAGGGUGUGGCGGUAAAGAGAGUUCAAGAGUGGCGGUACCGAAAGGUCGGGUUUGGCAGUGCUGGGAGGUCGAGGGAGGCGGUAAAGGGAGCUCGGGAGACACGGCACAGGGAGGUCGGGAGAGGGGUGCAGGGAGGUCGGAAGAGGUGGUACCGAGAGGUCGGGUGUGGCAGUAA